GCAGUGAACUGAUCUUUGCCCUGCACGCACAACAUACGGCACUGCGUCAGCCAAUAGGAAAGAGACUCAUUUACUGUACGUAUUACGUAGCCUAAUGCUGCUAGCCCGGUAGCUGGUUUGCUAACAGGAAAGAAGAUGGAUUCUCCCAUACUGGAACCUUCCUUAUACACGGUGAAAGCUGUUCUCAUUCUGGACAACGAUGGAGACCGGCUUUACGCCAAGUAUUAUGAUGACACAUACCCAACAGUGAAGGAGCAGAAGGCAUUUGAGAAGAACAUAUUCAACAAAACACACAGAACAGACAGUGAGAUAGCACUACUUGAAGGCCUCACUGUUGUCUACAAGAGCAAUAUAGACCUCUUCUUUUACGUGAUUGGAAGUUCACAUGAAAAUGAGCUCAUGCUUAUGGCUGUUCUAAAUUGCCUUUUUGAUUCUCUCAGUCAGAUGUUGAGAAAAAAUGUUGAGAGGAGAGCUUUGUUGGAGAAUAUGGAGGGACUCUUCUUGGCUGUGGAUGAAAUUGUAGAUGGAGGGGUGAUCUUAGAGAGUGACCCACAGCAAGUUGUGCAUCGUGUGGCUCUUAGAGGUGAUGAUGUGCCUUUGACGGAGCAGACAGUCACCCAGGUACUUCAGUCUGCCAAAGAACAGAUCAAGUGGUCCCUUCUGCGAUAAGAGUUAUGGCUGCACCAGAAUACCAUCGAGCCACUAUACAACCAAGAUUUCACAGCACUGAUCUACAUAUUCCUUUUCCUCUGAUUUCCACUCCUUCAGUCAACGCUGUGAGGAGUACUGACGGCUGGUUCAGUCACACUCCCAGGACUACUACUUGACAAAGUUUCAUUUUCUGUUUUUUUUCUUGCAUUUUCUUUCUUGCACAGGCUUGCAUUGUUUAACAUACUCAACGUGGGGAUAAGAUGUGCUGUACAUUCCAGUAAUGGUUGUCCUGUUUUUAUUUCUGUUAUGUUUUUUUUUUCUUUUGUCUUCAUCAAAGAAGCUGGUUGUUUAUUAAAACCGUAUACAGAUGUAAAAUGUUAAUAAACACCAUCAUAGCUUGUGACAACAUUCCACGGGUCUCCUUACAAUAACAGUUGUGUCAUUCAGGACUGCAUCCUUCCACCUCCUCCACAUUACUGUAAAAACAAUCCAGUCAUUUUCUGUCCCUUUCAUUUACGUGGGUGUUGUGAUUAAAGUUUGUACAAGUAUUACUGUAGUCAUUAAGUUCUGUAUGGGAUCUUCCAUCAGCAUAUACAGUUAAUAAAUAUCCGACACUGGCAUGGGAAAAGCCAUGAUGUGUCCAAACACUA